CAGGUCGUGCAGAUGACACCUUCCGAGUCCAAACACUAGUAGAAGGUGAUGAUGUCCUAUUUCAAGACUACACGGAUAAAAUUAAAUACAUUAAGAAACUCAUGCUCCAGGGACUCAAGAUGUACGGCGAGGAACGAUCGAAUAUUGUCAAGAUCACCCAAAGUGAGGUCAACCUGUGCAUGGAUAAAUUUGCCGCUAAAAACAACGAGCCGUUCUAUUACGACGAUGCUGUUGAAACGAUGAUUUUGAAAAUUCUUGCUGAAGUGAUAGGUGGAGUUCGGUUCACAGACGACCAUCCUCACAUCAAACAAAUUACCGAGAUGCAAGCUAAGGCUGGAAGAGUAAUGUCAGCAGGCAAUGGGGUUGAACUAGACAUGUUUCCAUGGCUACGUUUUUUCGGAAAUCAAAACUAUAAACUCCUGACAAAUGCAUGUAGAACCAGAGACAUCGUUUUGACAGAAAUGCGGAAAGAAUGUGAGAAAUCGCUUGAUUUCAAUCACAGCGUCAUGGGGGUGUUUUUAAAAGCCCAAAGAGACCCCUCAACACCACACCAAAUAUCAGAUUCCAACAUCAUAAAGUCAUCAACGGAUCUCAUUGGUGCGGGGUUUACCACGACUAAAGGCACAAUCUCUGGGUUGUUUCUUCUACUGAUGAAACAUCCAGAUAUCCAAGACAAACUACAAGAAGAGGUAGACAAAGUUGUCGGUAAAGACCGGAAUCCGAGUGUUGACGAUAAAGAAAACAUGCCAUACCUUCAAGCGACGCUUAUCGAAGUGUUACGUUAUUUGUCACACGUGCCAAUUGCUGUACCCCAUAAAACUUUGGUAGACACGAGUGUUGCAGGUUAUGAUGUUCCAAAGGGUACACAGGUUUGGACGAACAUAUUUGCGAUGCACCACGAUCCCUCAUUGUUUCCCAAUCCUUGGCAGUUUAACCCAGAACGCUGGUUGGAUGAUGACGGUAAACUUGUAUCUUUAGAGGAACGAAACAAAGCUAUCUCAUUUGGAGCUGGCCGACGUGGUUGUGUCGGGGAACAAUUUGCAAGAACCAGACUAUUCCUGUUCUGUGCUACAUUGAUGCAGAAAUUCACGAUCAGUCCACCAGAUGGCUCUGAAAGUCCGUCACCUGAUCCACGUGACUUUCCUCUCGGAGCUAUACUCCAUCCUGUGCCAUUCAGAAUAAAAGCAAUAGCGAGACAAUAAUUCAUCA